GAGAAUGACACUUAAUUUAGUUCCGUUUCCACACAAUAGGCAAACUUAUAACAAUCUUUAUUAUUCGAUAUAAGAAUAAAGACGACGUUGGUUUUCUCUUUCUUUCUUUCUACAUUUUUUUACAAUAACAUUUAUUUAAGUAAGUAAUAUUGAUAAUUAAAACAUCAAUAUUAAAUUAAAAAAAACAAAAAAAACUACAAAGACCCGCAAAACAGCGAAUCUCAACAAACGAAAGACAAAUCAGAUGAAAAAAAAAAUUGAGAUAUUUAAAACCGCUCCUUGGAUAAAAACUAACUCGGAAAUUUCAGUACAGAAGAAUAUACAUAAAUAUUUGUUUUUUGAAGUUUAAUAAUGUCGAACGAAACUGCAAGCCAUAUACCAUGCAAUUCAACAUCAACAUGCAAACCAACUCCAACAUCUGGAACAUCUGGUGCAACUUACUGUGGUGUUGUUAUUGGUGUUUUGGCUACAUUGCUAUGUUUAGCAGUAAUUGCAUUUUUUGUACUGGUAAUAUAUUUUAAAAGAAAAACCACGAAAAUAAAGCUACAGGAAGCUAAAGUGACAUCUGCGAGAAUCCAGCCGUUUUCCGCUGAGCGUCAAGUCCGGGCUACAAGUCCUAUGACCGAUGUCAAAAUUGAGGAACCCACUGAAAAUUAUCCCAGAAAUGAGUAUGAUGUUCUACCGAAAAGACCUGAACCACCAAAACCGCAAACUGUGAGGCAGCAUGCACCACCGACACCACCAAAUGUGAGGCAGCAUAAACCACCGCCGUCACCAAGUGUGAGGCAACAUGCACCACCGACGCCACCAAAUGUAAGGAAACAAAAUGAAAUAACAGCUGAUGAUGAAUAUCUGGCUAUGGAUUCAAAUGUAAACAAUGGUACCGGAGAUGUCUAUGAAAACUAUGGAAUAGAAAGUGAUGACGUCUAUGGAAAUGUUCAAGCGGACGAUAUUUAUAUAAACAACUGAAACCAAAUUGCUCCGUGCCUUUGCACAGGCACACAUAUGACUCAAUACAUCAAAGUAGCACACGAACUUAUAUAGUUGUGCAUAUAUAUAAAUAUAAAAAUAAAUACACUGAGAUAUUUAACAAUUCAUUUCCUAAAAUCAAAGCUGAGGAUAAUCUUAUGGUAACUGGAUACAUGGCACUUGAGAUAUAUGGCAUAGAUACCAAGGGCAUAAAUCAUCUGUUUUGAAUGAAUAAAUAAAUACAUCUUUGAAAUAUAAUACUCUUUCUCUCACUAGUUUACUCAGACAUAACACACACACUCACACACACACACACACAAACACACAUAAUGCUCAAAAAUAUACAUUUAUAUAUUUAAAACUGUAUGUGUGUGUGUAUAUAUAUAUAUAGAUAUAUAUAGAUAUAUAUGAAGAAGGAAAAUGCACAGAAUAUAUAUAUUCUUUAUGAGAUAAAAUAUAUAGUCAACCGGCUUUGUUUUUGCUAAUCAUGACAAAGAAAUUAGUGAAAAUAUUACAAUUUUAUGGUACCAUAAGAAGUUUUCAGUCCAUGUUAGUAGCAGAAAAGUUGUUUCAUAAAACAACUUUACAAAACAACUUUCCUGUUUUUAAAAUUGACUGAAAACUUCUUAUGAUACCAUAAAAUUGUAAUAUUUUCACAAGGCGGUGUCCCAGAAUGGCUGCAGUCAAAUGACUGAAACAAGUAAAAGAUAAAAGAUUAUUAGCAAAAGUGAAACCGGCUGACUACAUACAUAUUUUAUCUCAUAAAAAAUAUAUACAUUGUGCUUUUUCCUUCUUUUUAUUUUUGUAAACUCAACUCAUGGAGGAAAAAUAUCUCCAACGAAGCUAUUUACUGUGUGUGUGUGUUUGUGUAAAGGCAUAACUAUAGAUAUAUACCCCACGGAAUUUGUUGCCUCAUAACUUCCAAAAAAACGGAGGCUUUUUAAUGAAACUUUCAACAAAUAAUUGCUUAGAUCCAGUAGAAUGAGUGUAUGUAAAGGUUUGUUAGAAAAAAUUUUCUGAUGGGUUGGGGAGAGGAGUUUCGGAAAAUUUACAGGACCCAACAUUUUUCCCUUCAUAACUUUUAGAAAAGGGGAUUUUUUAAAUGAAAUUUUAUACAAACAUCUUUCAAACGGUGUAGAUUAUGAUUGCAAAGAAAUUUGGAGGCAAAAUAUUUUGGAAGGGGUUAGGGGAAAGAGUUUCAGAUCAGACGGCCCACAUAAGUCAAAAUUUCUCCAUUUUGAUGGGGAUUUUUUUCCAAUUUUUAUUCAGUAAAGUUUUUGGAAUGAUGGGAGACAUCUUUUCAUGAAAAAAAAGAAAAAAUUUUGAAAAUUUAUGAUUUUUUUCUUCACUCCCUCAUUAACCCCAGUCCCAACCAAUAUUGGCCAAAUUUUUUUAUCACUACGCACUUAAAACCCGUGAGAGAAACAUUUUCGAUUUAAAGCAAAAAAUUGUUAAUAAUUUCAGAGGAAAAUGUGUGAUUAAGGAAGAUCUGGCAGUUGUUUCUAGCACAUCCCAAGACCUCCCUCCUCGUAUCUUUCUCACUCUCACAUCUAUUGAUAUUUUUCAAUAUUUUUCUCCCCAUAAACACAUAUUGUGGAAUGAUAAUGUCAAAGUAACACACGCAUAGUCUAUUGCUGGGAUAUAAGCAAAGAAAGAAAAUUGGUAAUUUAAAUUUUUACUCACACCCCAACUGUGUGUGACCAUGUAUUUGUGUGUAUAAGGAAAAGAACAUUUUCUAACAGAAAAUUAUGCUAAAUCAUCUUUUACAUACCUCUUAUUAAAAUUACUCCAGAUAAAUCCCUGUAAUUAUCUCCUCAGGCUCUCCAAUAUUUUAGAAUUAUAUAAAGAGAAACAAUUGGGAGCAGGAAGUGGUGCUAAAAAAAAA